GCCCUGCGGGGGAAGGCGGGUGAUAUGGCACCCCAAGACCGCAGGAGCGCCCAGACCCCACGCCCAGGGAGCCGCAGAGGCCGCAGGACACCACGCAGGCCCAAGGACCCGGGGCGGCAAUGGCCAGCACCCCCAGGGAGCCAGAGACACACCCCAGACGGGCGGGGCAGGAGGGCCCACCACGAGCAGUCAAUCCCCCAUCGGGACCCCCUAGCAGAGGGCCCAAAAACCACAGCCGGUCAGGAGGCAGAACUCCGGCAGGAACCCACAGAGCCCCCAGGGCGCCACCCGGCCCACCCGCCACAGGGCCACGGGACCCCCCCGACACCGGGAACCCAGCGACACCUACCAUGA